AUGGCAAUUCACAAUACUACUUCUUCUCAUAAGGGCAAUAUCUGGUUAUUUUGGAGUAGCUCAAUUUCAACUCCUUCAGUGGUUUCUAUUACAAGUCAAAUGAUUACAGUGGCAGUUGGUGAUUUCAAUACAAUUUUAUCAAUUGAAGAAAAAGUGGGUGCUAGAGCUCCUUCCAGAAUAUCAAUGUUGGACUUUAAUGAAUGUUUGGAUCAGUGUCAGUUACUACAAGCUCCAAAAAAUGGUUUGGAUUUUUCUUGGUCUAAUUGCCAAUAUGGAGAUAGGAGAAUUUUAUGUCAUCUUGAUAAAUCCCUUUAUAACAUGGAAUGGUUAGAGAAAUUUCCAAAUUGGGGGUAUAAAGUUGGAUUGAGGGUUGUAUCAGAUCAUUCACCAUUACUUGGAGGGUGUGUCAAUAUUCCUAAGCCAAGAAAUGUUCCCUUUAGAUUUCAAAAAAUGUGGCUUGAACAUUCAGAUUUUAUGAAUUUAGUUGCAGAAAAUUGGGCAUUGCAGAUGCCUGGUGAUCCAGCUUUUGUUUAUAUGCAGAAGCUAAAAAGAUUGAAACAAGUAUUGAAAGAUUGGAACUGGAAUGUUUUUGGAGAUGUACAAACAAAAAUUAAGGAAGCAGAAGAAGAUGUAAGAAUCAAAAUGAUUAUUUCAGAUAGUGAUCCAUAG